UUGGACGAAUGGCAUGGUUCGGAUUGUAGGAGAGGGGCUACGGGUUUGGUGAUAGAGCCGAAGCAGAAAGCCGAGUAUGAGGCUCUGAGCACGUCGGCAGCACUUGAGAGGCAGGGAGGGCUUGACGAACGAACCAAGUCACUCAGCAGUUCGGUGUCGUCGCCAUUGCCAGUGCGUUCUCGCCCUCGCUGGCCCUCGCAUCUAAGUGAGACUCGUGUGCGGCGUGGAGACGACUCAGGACUACAUAUAUAUUUAUUUAUAUAUAUACAUCAUAUAUGUACAUAUAUAUACGAUAUUUUAUUGCUAUUAUUAUUAUUAAUAUUAUAUAUAACUGAUAUAAUUAUACUAAAACAUAUUAUCACAUAUAAUUCUGAACACCCACAAUUCCUUCCUGUCGAGGGCCUUCUGUGUGCCCUACCGAUGCAGAGAAAUUGCACCGAACUCACCGAAAGAUUGUUGAAAUCCCUUGACAAGGAGUACAAUGUCGUCGACAUGGGAGCCGUCGUGGAUGUCAUUACGGCCCUGGAGAAGACGACUAUUACUAAAGAAGUGCUUGAGAUCACACGGCUGGGUAAAUACAUCAAUGAACUUAGACGAAAAACAACAAAUGAUGCUUUGGCGAAACGUGCUAAAGAUCUGGUUCGACGAUGGCGUGACAUGGUACUCCCGUCAUCAAAUCAACAACAGCAUGGAUCAUCAAAUACAGCAAUAGCACCGCCAAAUGCCAUUAUUGAUAACACCUCGUCACACCAAACAUUAAAUGGAACCAAACCAGCAAGUCCAUUGAUAACAGCAGCACGUACAAUAAAACCUCGUAGUCCAGUACCGGGAUCAGCGGCUUCGCGUAUUAAACCGCAAAGUCCAUUAAUGCGUGAUGCAAUAACAUCUAAAAUAAUAAGCCCAGCGUUGUCACUAAAUAGUGAUUCAUGUUCACCAAAUUCAACACCUCUUAAACUGCCAAUAGUUACGACAAAUUAUAAAUUAAAUACAGCUGGUUCGCCAAAGUUAAGUGGUACCAGUAAUCAGAAUCAUUCAAUUGAAGCAGUACCAAGAACUCACAGUUCAAACAAACGUUUACGAAAAGAGGAUCAUUUUCAACAGCAGCAUGUUAAUUCACCUCAGCAGUACGAUGUAAACUCGACUUCCAGAGACGAGCUUACCAGUAUUUCUAUUCUAGCUGCUAAAAAACAACGUAUUAAUGGCGAUCUAAACGUAAAUACUAACUCGCAAGUGCCUAAUAGCCCUUCUUCGUCGUCUAGUACACGAAAUGAGCUUAAUGUUAAUCCUGUUUUGGACCCGAGUUUGUCUAGUAACACUUAUUCACCGGCUGUUAAAGUUGAACCGGUACCAGUACCAGUAGGACCAAAAAAACGUGGACGGAAAAAAGGCAGCAAAUCAUUAAAAAGCCAAUCACUGUCUGAGGAUCGUGUAAAGGAAAAACUCGCAAGUAUAUCAAGGAAUCCAAAAUUGAAAACAACUCACGAAAUUCUUGCAGAUAUACAGGUCCGGAAUGUCACUGGCGCGCUGGGUGCCACAACAGCAGGCCAGUUGAAGCGUGAACCACCGACAACAGAAGAAGUUUUACGAAGUUCAGAGAUAAACAAUCGUAACCUUGCCUCAAAUAACAAUACACGUACGAAAAGUUUAUCUGGAAAUCGUAUUGAAUCUCGUUCAUCUGCUGGGAACAAUACUGUCUCUGGUGUUGCUGGGUCUGGUACUGAUCACGCAGUGGUUGAUGCUGCUGAUGUAACUAAAACUGAACGAGCUAGUGAACCAGCAGCAGAAGCCCCGUCGAUAGAAGCAACGGUCAAAGAAAUUCUUGCUACAUUACCGCCGCUGGAUCUUGACGCUAUCAGGUGGAGUGAUGAUGAGUACUCCACUCACGAUAAUGAUCACGAUGAAGACCACAAGUUAAGACAAAUAGACGAUAGCGCUGUCGAUCGUCUUCAUAAUGAAUGUAUUGAAAGUUUGAAUGGUAAUUUUCAAGCUAAACUAUCAACAAAUUCUGUAGAAAAGGAGGUAGUUGAUGACGUUGAUGAGUUUGUUAAUAAGAAAAUGAUUGGUGUGUACAAACGUCGUGUUGUUGAUGACGAUACGGACCGUGAGUUUCGAGAGUGGCAUGAAAUGCUGGCUAGACCCAGCUACGAUGGCCAAAUUCUCCACAUAUUGCCUUACGUUAUCAUCGAUUAA